AUGGCGGCAAACCAGCGUGCGACACCUAGCAUGACAUAUUCUACAACACAGCAAUGCGGGGCCCGUUCUUUCCUCUUUGCACAUGGGCUACAUCAUGGUUGUGCAGGCUCCACACAAAAAAAUUCUAGUCCAGGCAAUAGCUGGACUGGUAUUUGGCCCCAAGAUGGUUUGAUAUGGUAG